AAGUUUCCAAGUUACUGGACAACAAUCCCCGUGACCAAGCUACCAUGAAGUACAUCGAUGGUGUUCUGAUGUUCAUUGCUGGAAAUACUUCUCUUGCAAAAACGAAACUUCAAGAAUGCCUAAAUAUCAGGAAAAGUUUGUUUGGCGAGAAAAAUAUGCUAGUUGGAGAAAUUAUGGAAUUUUUAGCAGAUUUGUUAUUUUUUCCCCUAAGAGAUAGUGAAAAAUCCCAAAGGAAACAGGUGAUUGAAUCCUAUAAGCAAGUGAUACAGAUAAAGGAAAUCGCAGUCUCUCUGGCCAGCUCAUCGCUUGUCAGGAAGCAGCGGAGUGUCAGCCUCAGUGACACCUUGUGUAAACUAGCAGGUCAGUUAUUGACAAGCGACUCUUGUCAUCCCGUCAUGAUUGAGGCAGUAAGCCUCUUGUACCGAUCACUUGAUUUAAGGGCGACCUACCUGGGAUCUUCUCACACAUCAAUCCAUGGAAUCCUGCACCUUCUGAGGGAAAUCGAGUGGAUCCGAAGCCGAAGGUGCUGGCCUCAAGGUAUGAGCCAGCAGUAUCCUGAGUGUUCCAGGAAUGGCUCCUCCUCAUGUGAGCACUUGCUGCUUAACUUAAACUACCACAGUGCUCAGGGCUCCAAUACGGUGAGCGCUGCCAUGUGCACGAAUGCAGAGAGGUUACAGGGGGCUAAAGACAUGGACGUGGCACCUCACACCAGAUCAGAGAAGUCAAAGUGUGCUUCUGGAAGAGGGAGAAAGACCUUGAAACCCAUUAUUUGUGUUUCUGCUGAGGAAAAGACUCAAUGGAAGACACAAAAUAAUGUUGAAAUAUGGAAUAGCCCAGGAAAGGAAGCAUCGAAGAAAAAGAAAGACUAUUCCUCUAAGAUUUCAUCUUUGGACAAAAUGAAUGGUUUGGUAAAGCAUUCAAGGCAAAGGAUUUUGCCAGUGGAAGGCGAGAGUGUAGAAGGCGAAAUCACCACAAAUUACCGCCAUCCGCUGUUAUGGCCGCUCAGCACGGAUGACCCCUGGGAAUCUGUAUCUGAGCUCAUAUCAGAAAAGUGGCUUUUUCAUAGCCCAGAGCAUAGGUCAACUCCUCAGAAGUGUUUUUUGCAGAGAAGAUCUCAGAUUUAAACCAAAAGUGCUAAAGACCUCAAAUGAUGCUCAUAAGGAAUAAAAGUUAUUGUGGUCUGUU